AUGCAGUUAGAGAACGAGCUGGAUGCCAAGGUGAUGUCGUCAUCAACAGGAUGCCCGGUGGGGACACUCAAGUGCGCUGUGUGGCCUCUGUCGAAAGAUGGUAGUAGUACUACUGUACCCGAUGAGGAGAUAGUGGAGGAGCCAUCACAACUCGUCGGGCAACCAUUGUCCUUUCGUUUGGUGGUCAAGCAGGCAUCCUGUCUCACUCCCAAAGAGCUGGCGAACAACGUAACAGUCCGCUAUAGGUGGCAGUUGGAUGAUGAGGAUACCAUUAUUCGGAUGAAGGGUUCGGCUGAGGACGUCUUCGUCCUUGAUUAUGGAAGAGAUAUCCAUCUCACACCUUGUUUAACGCGAGGGAUGUUAUCUAUCCUUCAGGAGGAAGCAAUUGCUCUUGAG